AUGGGCAAGCUACUCAUCUGCGUCGGACUGGCUCUCCUGCUGCACGUGCAGCUAGGAUCAUCCUACAUCCUCUCCUGUUAUUUCACUAACUGGGGACAGUACCGUCCUGGAGCAGGUAAGUAUUUCCCCACCAACAUUGACCCAUGUCUCUGUGACCACCUCAUCUAUGCCUUUGCUGGAAUGGACGGCAACAUGAUCAAGACCUAUGAGUGGGACGAUGAGAAACUCUACGCACAGUUCCAGGCCCUGAAGAAUGACAACGGCAACCUGAAGACUCUGCUGGCCAUUGGUGGAUGGAACUUUGGUACUGCUAAGUUCACUACUAUGGUUUCCUCUCCUGCCAAUCGUCAGACUUUCAUCAACAGUGUGAUCAAGUUCCUGCGUCAGUAUGAGUUUGAUGGUCUGGAUAUCGACUGGGAGUACCCUGGCUCUCGUGGCUCCCCACCUGUCGAUAAGGAGCGUUACACCGUCCUGGUCCAGGAGCUGAUGAGCGCCUUUGUGGAGGAGGGCAAGAAGACCAACCGUCCCCGUCUGUUGCUGACUGCUGCUGUCUCUGCUGGAAAGGGAACCAUUGAGUCUGGAUACCAGAUCGCUGCUAUUGGAGCUGUGCUGGACUACUUCCACGUCAUGACCUACGACUUCAAUGGUCCUUGGGAGCACACCGUCGGAGAGAACAGUCCUCUGUACAAGGGCCCCGCUGACCAGGGAUCCAUGAUCUACUUCAAUGUGGACUAUGCCAUGAACUACUGGAAGAGCAAUGGUGCCCCAGCUGAGAAGCUGCUGGUUGGUUUCCCCACGUAUGGUCACACUUUCCGCCUGGCUUCCUCUAACACAGCUGUGGGAGCUCCCGCCAGUGGACCUGGACCUGCUGGACCUUUCACUCGUCAGGCUGGCUUCUGGGCCUACUAUGAGAUCUGUACUUUCCUGAAGCAAGGAGCCACUCAGGCUUGGGACGCCCCCCAGGAGGUGCCAUAUGCCUUCAAUGCGCAAACCUGGGUUGGAUAUGACAAUGUUAAGAGCUUCACCAUCAAGCUUGACUGGUUGAAGCAGAGUGGUUUCGGUGGAGCCAUGGUGUGGAGUUUGGAUCUGGAUGACUUCAGUGGCACUUUCUGCGGCCAGGGACCAUACCCCCUGAUCAGCACCAUCAAGGCAGCGCUGGGAACUGGAAAAGCCUGCUCUAAGCCUCCUCACCCCGUGCCUCCAGUUACACCAACCCAGCACCCUGUGCCCCAGCCUGGCCAUAAUGUCAACCCACCCGUCAACCCACCUGUCAACCCAGGAUCUGGCUUCUGUGCUGGCAAGGCUAACGGAGUUUACCCUGACCUAACCAACAAGAACCACUUCUAUGAGUGCAACCAAGGACAAACCUAUCUCCAGCACUGUGCUGUCGGCCUGGUGUUCGAUGACAGCUGCAAGUGCUGCAACUGGGCUUAAACAUCCAUGGUUGAACUUUUUACUGGUUGUUCUUAAGUUAGGAGCGGGGUCAAGUAUCAUGUAACAUAUGACCAUCCAACUAAGGCCCAUUCAAGAACAGCUCUGUAACAUCUCUCAUUGUUCUAACCUAA